CUGACUUUGAUCUAAGAGCCGGCGUGGGAAAAGGCGAGUGCCUUUAUCGGCAGCCACGUGCGAGGCGCUGGUGACUAUGGCUACCCUCCUGGUCGAGGACUUGCUGGCGCGCGCCGAGGAGCGCAAGGCGGAGACCCAGCGCAGCGUGGCGGUGCAUAAGGAGCUGGAGUUGGAGUUCGACGCGGGUAACUUACUAGCGGUGGAUAAAAACCCGGCCCCGCGCGCCUUGGCGCGAGCCUCCUCGCAGCGCGAGCCUCUCCUGCGCGCUUUGGCCCGGGAUAACACUCAGUUGCUGGUGGGUCAGCUGUGGGCGCUGCCGUCGGAGCGGGCGGAAGCGGGCGCGGGGCCCGUGGUGGCCCGCCUGCCCGAACCCUCCACGCGCUUGCCCAGGGAAAAGCCGCUGCCCAAACCUCGGCCGCUCACCAAAUGGGAGCAGUUCGCGCGCCUCAAGGGCAUCCGCCCCACGCGCAAGAAGCGCGGCACGUUGGUCUGGGACGAAGCCGCCAAAGAGUGGAGGAGGCGCUGGGGUUACCGCCGAGCCAGCGGGGAUCCCUCCGGCGACUGGCUCUUGGAGGUGCCGGAUUCGGCCGACCCGUUGGAGGACCAGUUCGCCAAACGGCGCCAGGAGAAGCGGGAGCGGGUGGCGCGCAACGAGCUCAACCGCCUGCGGAACCUGGCGCGCGCUCACCGGGGUCGGGUGGCGGCCGAUCUGCACCCGACGGGCCACCAAGACCGGGCCGAGAUGGGCCGCGUCUCCAUCCUUGCUCGCGUCUCCACCGCCUCCCGCGGCCGCUUCCAGCCUCGCCUCCCCAAGGAGUCCGCCGUGGCGCAGACCAACACAGCCCGCGGGAAGAAGCGUCGCUUCCAGCCGCUGCUGGGAGACCUUGAAGGGGAGAAGAAGCGGCACCUGGAGUUAGCCCGCAGCCUGAGUAGCAAGAAGCCGCCCCUGGACCUGACCCGGGCGGUCAACAAGCAACUCCGCGAAGAGGAGGCCGAAGCUGCCAGAGGCAAAGGGAAAAAGCGCGACCAACGGGGCAAGAGGGGUCGACGGCAGCAGCAGAGGACCGGAAACGCCAAGGGCAAGAAAAGCACAGGAGCAGGUCGCAGAGGGAACCAGGGAGGAUCUGGAAGCUUUAACGGCAAAAGGAAAAGAAAAUGAGCUUUCCUUGGGUGGGGGUUACACUGCUAUCCCAGCUAAACAGCAGACUCAUGCGGUUUAUUUUACAUACUGCUGCAACAAAAUGUGGACUUGCUAAGUUAAACAUUAUUCUAACAACCUAUUCGAACUUAAUGUUGGCCUUUAAUCCCCAAAGAACUUUGUGGGGCCUGACUAAAGAGCAUAUAAAGACAUCGCCAAUAAAUAAAAAUAUAUAAAGAAUAUCUUUGAAAGAAUCUACUCACUUGAAGAAAUAUGUACAGUUCAGACAAUGCCUUUAUUGGGAAUUGGAGUGACUUCAAAGAAUAAAACUUCAAAGGAGUUGAAAUAUAUAGAAAGACCUGCUGUGUUUAUAAUAAAGUUCUAAUAUGCCUUUUUCUUUAAAUGAGAAUUGAAAUGGACACCUCAGCUGCAGUGUUUUUCUGUAUUUCUUUUUCAUGUAUCUGAAUUGCAGUAUCUCCAUUGUUGGCCAGGUUGAAGGCAAAUCACUAGAAGAAUGUUGUGUUUACAUCAUGUUAACUGAUUUUCUUUUGUAUGCGUUGAGAUUAUAAAUCUGCAUAUAAAAUGUCAAAUCAUCUCAUCAAAAUACCAUUUUCAUCAUUUUGACACUAUGAAUCCUGAUUUCAGCAAAACUAGACUUUGUAUGUGGGCAUGUAUGUGGAUAUAUAUACUUAUCCACUGUUCUUACAGCAAGAUUAUAAAUAAAAACCCUAAGUUUAA